AUCCACUCUCGCUUAUGCUCUAAAACGCAACUUCAUCUUCGAAGCUCUACGAUUUUCGUGUAGUUUGGUGUAUCGACAACUCCGCGACAACGCGCAAUUAAGCAGCCAUGGCCCCCGUUCCUCGCGUCUACUCCAAGACCUACAAGGUCCCCCGUCGUCCUUUCGAGUCGGCUCGUCUUGACUCGGAACUGAAGAUUGUCGGCGAGUACGGCCUGCGCAACAAGCGUGAGGUGUGGCGUGUCCAGCUCACCCUGUCCAAGAUUCGUCGUGCUGCUCGUGAGCUGCUCACCCUCGACGAGAAGGACCCCAAGCGUCUUUUCGAAGGUAACGCUUUGAUUCGUCGUCUGGUCCGUAUCGGUGUGCUCGAUGAGUCCCGCAUGAAGCUCGAUUACGUCCUGGCCCUCCGUGUCGAGGACUUCUUGGAGCGCCGUCUCCAGACCUGUGUCUACAAGCUUGGCCUUGCCAAGUCCAUCCACCACGCCCGUGUCCUGAUCAAGCAGCGCCACAUCCGCGUCGGCAAGCAGAUCGUCAACGUUCCCUCCUUCAUGGUCCGUCUUGACUCCCAGAAGCACAUCGACUUCGCUCUCACCUCUCCCUAUGGCGGUGGUCGCCCUGGUCGUGUCCAGCGCAAGAAGGCCGCUGCUGCCAACGAUGGUGGUGACGAUGCCGCUGAGGAGGAUGAUGAGUAAAUCAUUUAAACCGGAGUAUGGACGGGUUUCGUUUUGGAACAUAAAAAUGUGGGGCCUCAACUGUGACUGCAGCAUAGCGUAUGAUGUUGUACGAUCAUGCCAUUCAAUGAAUAAAAACAUAGCCUUCAGGCUCAUUUCGAAACCC